AUGGAUAGAACUCGUUUUACAAUCCUCUUUUGUGUGACAGUGCUCUUGGUACAAAGUUACAUGUGUAGCUCAGCUGAUGCAGCAAUUCUCAACAUUAACAGCGAUCAAUAUGCUCUUCUUGCCUUCAAGACUCAUAUUUCCUAUGACCCUCACAAUGUUUUGACGAAUAACUGGUCUGCCAGCACCUCUGUCUGCAGCUGGAUUGGUAUCACUUGUGGUUCCCGCCAUCAUAGAGUCACCGCCUUGAACCUUUCUUACUUGAGCCUUGUAGGCAUCAUUCCUCCACACAUGGGAAAUCUUUCAUUUCUUUCUCGGCUAAGCAUCCAGAACAAUAGUUUUCAUGGUUCUAUGCCUAACGAGAUGGCUGGUCUUUACCGGCUGCAAAUUUUAGCCUUGAAUUUCAAUAAAUUCAGUGGAGAAAUUCCGUCAUGGAUGGGGUUGUUAAGUAAACUUCAAUAUUUCUUGUUACGUGGAAAUAGUUUUACAGGUACUAUCCCACCAUCCUUAUCUAACAUAUCUUCCUUGAAAAUAAUUGAUCUUAGAUAUAACGAGCUUCCAGGCUCCAUACCUUCAUCCAUUUUCAACAUAUCCAAUUUGCAAGAAAUUCAUCUCACAUAUAACAAGCUUUCAGGUCCAAUACCCCCCAUUACCUUCAACAUAUCUUCGCUGAAAAUCAUUAAUCUCAAAUUUAACAAUCUCUCGGGCCAUCUUCCAUCAAAUAUAGUCCUACCGAACCUUCAAUCCCUUCUUAUUGGGGGAAAUGGACUAAGUGGAAAAAUUCCUAACUCUUUCUCCAAUGCUUCACCACUCAUUGAGCUAGAGUUAGCAUACAACUUACUAUCUGGCUUAAUUCCUAAAGCACUUGGUAAUUUAAAGCUCCUCGAGUUGCUCAACCUAGCAGGCAAUAAUUUGACAAUUGAAACUCCAAAAUCCUGGUUUUACUCCUCUUUGGCAAAUCUCAAAUAUCUCAGAAUAUUAGACUUGUCAGAAAAUCCACUUAAUGGGAUCCUUCCCGGUUCCGUUGGAAAUCUCUCUACUUCUCUUCAACAAUUUUCGUUAGGUGAUUGCAAUAUUAAGGGUACCAUUCCCAGAGAUAUUAGCAACUUAAGCAACUUGACUCUUUUGAACCUAACGAACAAUGAAUUGGUUGGAUCCAUUCCUAAUACAUUAGGAAGAUUCAACAUGCUGGAAGGUUUGUACCUUCAAGGCAAUAAACUAGAAGGUCCCAUCCCACCCGACCUUUGUUAUUUAGAGAGAUUGGUUGAAUUACACUUAGGUUCUAAUGAGCUUUCUGAACCCAUUCCUGCAUGCUUUGAUAAUCUGACUUCUCUAAGAGUUCUCCACUUAGCCUUCAACAAAUUAACUUCUACUGUUCCCUUGAAUUUGUGGACCCUUACAUAUAUGUUGGAGGUCAACUUGUCAUCAAAUUUUCUAGAUGGCUCUCUUUCGUUGGAUAUUGGAAAUAUGAAGGUGUUGAUCAUUUUGGAUUUAUCAGGAAACAAACUAUCCGGUGAUAUCCCAAUAACAAUUGGUGGCCUCACAGAUCUAGUUAACCUCUCCUUGGCAGACAAUCGAUUAGAAGGCUCAAUUCCGGAAUCAUUUGGUGGACUGGUAAGCUUGGAAUUCUUGGAUCUUUCCAAAAAUAAUUUAUUUGGAGAGAUUCCCAAGUCCUUAGAAGCACUUUCACACCUCAAGUAUCUAAAUGUCUCUUUUAAUAGACUACGAGGAAAAAUUCCUGUAAGAGGACCGUUUGUAAACUUCUCCACUACAUCAUUUCUGUCGAAUGAUGGACUUUGUGGUGCUCCCCGAUUGCAAGUUCCCCCAUGUAAAGAAGGUGUUUCUCGACCAAAAAAGUCUGCAGCAGCACAUAUACUAAAGUAUGCAUUACCAACAAUUGGGUUAACAAUGCUUGUAGUUGCUCUUAUCUUAGUUUGGAAAAGAAGCCAAAAAAGGAAUGUGAAAAUUCCAAUGGAGGAAAACUCAUUACCACUAGCCACAUGGAGAAGAAUUUCCCAACAAGAACUUUUACAUGCAACAGAAUUGUUCAGUGCAAACAACUUACUGGGUAAAGGAAGCUUUGGAUCAGUAUACCAAGGGACACUCUCAGAUGGAAUGAUUGUUGCAAUAAAAGUUUUCGACUUGAAAGUAGAAGGUGCUUUCAAGAGUUUUGAUACAGAAUGUGAGGUACUACGCAAUAUUCGUCAUCGGAAUCUUGUCAAAAUCAUCAGCACGUGUAGUAACAUGGACUUCAAAUCUUUUGUAUUGGAAUACAUGCCUAAUGGAAAUUUAGAGAAAUGGUUGUAUUCUCAAGACCGUUGUUUGAGUGUGUUACAAAGACUAAAUAUAAUGAUCGAUGUUGCGUCAGCACUAGAAUACCUUCAUCAGGGUUAUUCGACGCCUAUUGUUCAUUGUGAUUUGAAGCCGAGCAAUGUCUUAUUAGAUGAAGAUAUGGUCGCACAUGUGGCUGAUUUUGGAAUUGCCAAAAUGUUAGGUGAUGGAGAUUCUAUGAUGCGAACCAUGACUCUCGCUACUAUUGGGUAUAUGGCACCAGAGUAUGGAUCGGAAGGAAUUGUUUCUACAAGAGGCGAUGUCUAUAGUUAUGGUAUUUUGCUGAUGGAAACUUUCACAAGAAAGAAACCAACCGAUGAUAUGUUUUUUGGAGAAAUGAGCUUGAAGCGUUGGGUAGAGGAAUCUUCACCCCUUUUAGUAACUAAAGUUGUUGAUGCCUAUUUAUUGAGAUCCGAAAGAGACUAUGCUUCUAUGCAGAAUUGUAUGUCGUCCAUAAUGGGAUUGGCUUUGCAGUGUUGUGCUGAGUUACAUGAGCAGAGGAUUAAUGCAAAAAGUAUUUUAAUCACACUCAACAAGAUCAAACUGAAGUUUCUACAAGAUACUCAAGGAAGAAGCUAGUUAGAUAAG